CAAACUGAGCUCAGUGUUUCGAAUGUGACAUUGUGAGAUAGAGGCUGCUUACGUACUAAUCUUUGUUUCUACUCAUUCUCACAAUCCCAGUCUAUUGUGCGAUAUAACUAACGGAAUUUUAACAGUUUAAAGUUUUACUGACGUUAUUUUCUCAUUCUAUCCCUUUGAAAAAUGUUUGUAUACAAAAGAGAUGGUCGCAAGGAAAAGGUUAUGUUUGAUAAGAUAACCUCAAGAAUCCAGAAACUGUGCUAUGGACUCAACAUGGAUUUUGUUGACCCUCCAGUUAUUACUUUGAAGGUCAUCAAUGGCUUAUAUCCUGGUGUAACGACAGUUGAACUUGACAACUUAGCAGCAGAAACUGCUGCAACCAUGACAACUAAACAUCCAGAUUAUGCUCUCCUUGCUGCUCGCAUUGCUGUCUCCAACUUACACAAAGAAACUAAAAAGACAUUUAGUGAGGUAAUGGAUGCUCUUUACAACAUGGUGGAUGCAAAAACCAACAAACCCUGUCCAAUGAUAUCGAAUGAAACUUAUGAAAUUGUUAAGAAACAUGCUGAAAGGCUGAAUUCUGCCAUAAUCUAUGAUCGAGAUUUUAACUACAACUACUUUGGAUUCAAGACUCUGGAGAGAUCCUAUCUGUUAAAGAUUGAUGGAAAAGUGGUUGAGAGACCACAGCACAUGGUGAUGAGAACAAAUGGUACUUCUAAUGGACUGGUUCCAAUGUUGAGAGUGUACAAUAACACUGCUCGUUAUGUGGACCAGGGUGGAAACAAGAGACCUGGUGCUUUUGCUGUCUAUUUGGAACCAUGGCAUGCAGAUAUUUUUGAAUUUCUGGAUCUGAAAAAAAAUACUGGUAAGGAGGAACAUCGAGCUCGUGACUUGUUUUAUGCUUUGUGGAUACCAGACCUGUUUAUGUCUCGAGUAGAAAAUGAUGGAAUGUGGUCUUUAAUGUGUCCCCAUCAAUGCCCAGGACUUCAUGAAUGUUGGGGAGAUGAAUUUGAACAGUUGUAUGAAAAAUAUGAGAAGGAAGAAAGGUACAAGCGACAAGUGAAAGCCCAGACACUGUGGUAUGCAAUUUUAGAAGCUCAGGUUGAAACUGGGACACCAUACAUGCUCUACAAAGAUGCCUGUAACAGAAAGUCAAACCAGCAGAACCUUGGAACCAUCAAAUGUAGUAACUUAUGUACAGAGAUUGUAGAGUACAGUUCUGCAGAUGAGGUUGCUGUGUGCAAUCUGGCAUCCAUUGCCCUUGGUAGAUUUGUAAAAGAUGGAACAUUUGAUUUUGAGAAGCUGAAAGAGGUGACAAAGGUGGUAACUCGAAAUUUGAAUAAAAUCAUUGAUGUUAACUAUUACCCAGUUCCCGAGGCCAAAAAAUCAAACAAAAAACAUCGACCAAUUGGCAUUGGUGUUCAGGGGCUAGCAGAUGCCUUCAUUCUUAUGCGUUAUCCAUUUGACAGUAAAGAAGCCCAACUACUAAACAUUCAGAUUUUUGAGACUAUUUAUUAUGGAGCUGUAGAGGCAAGCUGUGAAUUAUCUGAGAAGUUGGGGCCAUAUGAAACAUACCAAGGGUCACCUGUAUCAAAAGGGAUUCUUCAGUAUGACAUGUGGAAUGUUACUCCAACUACCUUGUGGGACUGGACUGCUCUAAAAGAAAAGGUGGCCAAACAUGGCUUGAGAAACAGCUUACUCAUUGCACCUAUGCCAACUGCUUCAACUGCCCAGAUUCUUGGAAACAAUGAGUCUAUUGAACCUUACACAAGCAAUAUAUACUCCCGUCGUGUCCUCUCAGGUGAAUUUCAAGUAGUGAAUCAUCACUUGCUUAAAGAUCUAACUGAGAGAGGAUUGUGGAAUGAAGACAUGAAGAAUCAGUUAAUAUCACAAAAUGGAUCUGUUCAGAACAUUGAAGGAAUACCAGCUGAUUUAAAAGACCUCUAUCGAACUGUGUGGGAAAUUCCCCAACGGCUUAUCAUCAAGAUGGGAGCUGACCGAGGAGCAUUUAUUGAUCAGAGUCAGUCUCUGAAUAUUCACAUAGCUGACCCCAAUUAUGGAAAACUGACCAGCAUGCAUUUCUAUGGGUGGAAAAUGGGCUUAAAGACUGGCAUGUACUAUCUCCGUAGCAAGCCUGCUGCCAAUGCUAUCCAGUUCACAGUAGAUAAGAUUGCCCUGAAAAAGAAUGCAGGGUACGAGACUCCCAAAAAAGAAAGUGAUUUCAAGGAACAACAACGAGAAGCAAUGGUGUGCUCACUGCAGAACAAAGAUGAAUGCCUUAUGUGUAGUGCAUGAGUACAAUUCAAGAAAUCAGUGUGAUAUUUGUGUAUAUACUAUGCCCUGUUUUAUGCUUAAACUUUUUUAUAAUUUAAGUUACUUUUGGACUAAUUUCUAUUUCCUCCAACUCUGAAAAAAUUGUACUUCUGCAGAAAUUAAAAAAAAAUUUAAGAAAUUG